AUUUUCCUUGCUUUACGCUGUGUUCAUCCACACGGGAGUAGUAGUUAUGCAACAUGCCACGAGGGCGCAAACGAAAACCGGACGAUAAUUCUGACCGUGGAAAAGAUGAAGCGGCAGAGGCCGAGAAAGAAAUAUCUGCUGAUGAAGAUAGUCCAGUGAAAAAGAAGAAAGAUCUGUCCAAGAGCUUGACUUUCAAGAUCGAGCAUUGGUAGGUUGUUCUCAUAUGGUUUUUUUAAAUCUCAGAGCAAUUUGGGUAAAAUUUCCGCACAGCACCAUACUAUUGUUAAACAAAUCUGUUUUCCCAAUGACAAUGUAUUGUUUUUGUCGUUGUUUUCCCUAUCCAAGAACUGAAUGCAUAAUGUAGUAUGGGGCUGUGCGGAAAUUUAACCGCAAUUUGAUCGGUGUCUACAUUGAAUGUUUGGAUCCGUUGUUGAAUCAAAACAAUUGUGAGGUUGUAUACCAGAGUAUCUUACCGAUGGUAUGUUACCCUCCCCUGGGAUUCUCAAACCUCCCUUACCCCAACUCUCGGUUUCAAAGAGAAUUAAUUAAUUAUCUUCCAUCUCCUGCUUAAAGGCCUGUGAUUUAAUUGUGUGCGUAUUUUAUAUGACACACAAAUUGUUUACCAACCAUUAAUAUGUGGAGUUUUAUUUAGUGAAGAGAUCUAACCUGUGCCAGCCUUUGUUUAGCCACAGCAAACAGCCCAUAUGUAGUUAGAAAAUGCAUGGCCCAGUCUCAUUGCGGUAUUUCCACCUUUAACUUUUAAGAUCUGAUUGUUAAUUCUCCCCUCUAGCUGCUACACAUUUCCUUGUAAAUUAGGUAUGAGAAUUUGGUGCAAGAUCGACUUAACAAAUUCUACCUUAUAAUUUUGAUUAUUCUCAUUACCUGUUUGCUGGAUAAUAUGUGGAUAUUAUAAGGAGAAGUUACAUGUUAAUCACUUCCAGGGAUUAAAGGGUCAGACUUCUCUUCUAUUUUUAUUUUUUACAGUAAAUCCUGACAGGUGUAUAAAAGGAAUGCAAAUCAGUUGUCCUCGGACUUGCUGAAGGCAUUCCCAAGUGCCCAGGUUCUUAUCAAUGAAACUAAACCACGUUCAAAGAGUUUUGAAUUAACAGCCGUGAAGGAGGAUGGAGAAGGUUGGUGAAAAACAAAACAUGAAAAGUGUGUCAGUUCCAAAGGGGAUGGUAACAGGGUCUUUUUUUAAAGAAAUGUAGAAAUAAGAGUAAUCACAGAUUAUUUUCCACAUCUAACUUAAAAAAAAAAAAAAAGCUGAGGCCAGUGAAACUUAGCCAGAAAAUCCUUCGUAAAAGCAAGAAGCCAUAGAAUUCUCCAAUCUCUGAUUCUUUAACCCUUAAGUCCUUAAUAUCAGUUUGUGUCCUCUUCAAAUUGACCCUCUUUCUACAUUUCCAUUUUAGAGUUACAGCUUUGGACAGGUAUAAAGAAGGGCCCACCAAGAAAACUGAAAUUUCCAGUUAACAGUGAUCUCAUUGAGGAAGCAAUGAAACUACUCUAG